UAGUCUCACUUGGAUACUCGUUGAAAGCGGUUGCGUGCGAGAACGACGCGUGGCCAGAGAACUUAGAGUUAACAAAACGCGACCAAAUACAAAGAGGAGAAGGAAAGAAAUAAAAUAAAUAUAUAUGCAAACGAGUAACCCGAAGCUAUCAAACAAAUACUCGAAAUACACAAAACUCUGUAUAUUCUUUUGGUGUUGCAAAUACUUGUGGAUUCGUGAGUUUGCGAGGGAAAUAAAAUUAAAAUGGAGCAGCAAUAAAAAGUAUAAUGAAAAUGAGAAAUAUGAAUAAUGUAUUUGAAAAACAAUAAAAAAUUGGUUAAUUUCAAAUAACGGUGUUGAAAUAUAGGUGAAGUGAAAGUCAUCAAAUAUGUAUUUAAUUAUUUGUGUGUGUGUAGCUUACAAUAAAAAGGGGAAAACAUAAAAUCAGCCUACUAACAACACGUAGCAGCACGUCUGGCAAUAUCAGUACGAGCAUAACGCGCUGGAAUUAUCUACACUCGUAAAAUCAAUGAGAAAGACCACCUGUGAGUCACAACAAAUUGUAGUAGCAGCAGCAACAAACAAUAACAAUAACAACGACAAGUAAAUAUUUUCUAUACAAAUAAAGCAGAAAAAAAAACAAUCAGCAGCCGAAGACGCAAAAUAACCCACCAACUAAAUACAUACACACUUAUACAUAUGUAUGUAUAUAUGUACACGUUCGCAUGCCGCAUUUAAUUCAAGUGCGCUAAUCAACUAAAUGUCUAAUUGCAUACCAAUAAAAAAGCCACCUCAAAAUACUUAUCCAACCCACCUUCAAUCAGCCUCAACGUCUUCAAACAUCAGCCCAGCAGCCUACACAUGGGUCGCCGCAAAGAUAAACCUCGCCUCAUACCGGAACAGGAUAAGCGCAUCUGUCGAGCAAUAUGCCUGUGUCAAUUGACAAUGGUGUUAUCUUGCGUCUCCAUCGUUUACCUGAGCGUAGCCAUCUAUUCGCCAUCACUCAAAGCAUUUAAGUCCGGCUUCGAACUCGACCCUGUCAUGUGCCAAACGGUCGAUCGUCAAAUGCCAAAUAAUUGCCCGUGGGCCUCAUGCGGCGAAUGGUGUUUAACUCGUACCAGUGGCUUUUGCCCACAAAUACAUUCGGUGGUGCGGCGUAACGGUACCGAUAUACAACUCAAUAAUUGCACGAGAAUCACCAAUACAUCCUGCGCCAUGAUCGAUAUGAAUCGCUUAAAUAAGUUUAACUGCAAUAACGGUACCGUGUGCAAUAAUAUUCGCGGUGUCUUCAAUUGUUCGAAUGGACACUGCAAAAAUAUGUCGGAGUUCUUUUUAUGCCAUCACAAACCCGAUGGUCCAACGAUAAACUCAGCUAAAGACAAUACCAAGUUGAAUGGAUUUUUUGAAUGUCAUGGUGUGCAUUGUACGAAGAUUAAAAAACCCUUCACGUGCGAUCGUUACUGCACGAAGAUCACGACAACGUCGAUAAAUGUGCUGUUAAUGCAUGAAGACACAGUCAUUACCGCCGAUUGUGACACAGCAGUCGCCUUUAAUGAGGCACGCGGCAGCGAGCAUAGCGUAAAAAUUGAACCGACCGAAAUUUGGAAGGAUGACGACGGCCAAUUAUUGACCAAUUGUGCGACAGUGCGGAAAGAAGGCGAUAAGAUAUUCGCGACAGAUUGCCUGAAUGGCACCAUACUGGAGGCGGGCACACUGCCACAACCCUUCAUGAAUUUCACACAAUUCUGGAGCAUAUAUGCGAAUAGCACACAUCCCGUCGAUCCGGAACAGCGCUUUCUGCCCAAUCAAGCCAAUCUGACAAUCUACACAUGGAAAAAGUUAUUUAUCAAUUUGGAGGGCUGCGUGAACACGCUGCGUGGUGAAUGUAAGGAUUUUGUGGCACGCUAUGGCAACGAUGGCGAUAACAAUACGGCACAGUCACGCUAUCAGUGUUACUACAACAAGGAUCCUGCUGUGGAAUUUGUGGUGGCACGCUAUGACUUGGACAAGGUCUAUCGUGAGCUGUUGGUAUCGUUGAUAGUGCCUAUUGUUUUGUUCGUGGUUUCAUCGAUUUCACUUUGCAUAAUAACAAAAUCGGUCAAGGUUGGCGAUGAUGCGAAAAUGCGUUGUGUUUGUUCGGGUGAAGACUCCGACUUAGAGGAUAACUAUCGUGGCAAACAACGCAAACCGAAUGCGCAAAUUUACGAGACGGACGAUGAUAUGGAUAUAAGGCGUAGGAACAUCGAGGAAGAACCACCCCACGAUACGCACGAAAUGAUCGGCAGUACAAAAUCACUGAUACCACUCAGCCCCGCCACCGAAUCGGGCACCAGUGAACGGACAUAUGACGAUGAGAAGGCGUCCAGAUGCGAUGCACCCGAAAAGCCACUCGUCGAACUUUAAACGUCAACAAAAAGUCAAAAGCGGAAAUUCUAAUAUGCACAAAUAUAUAUAUAUAUAUAUUUAUACAUACUUGCAUUCGUAAAUACACAAAAUUCAUGCAAUAACAACAACAACAAAAAAUACAUCAUUUGUAUUUAAAACAUCGCUUAACAUCGUAAUUAACGAUCAUUUGAUUAUACGAAGACACCAUCAAAAUACAAGGACUGCCUUAUACGACAAAAUAAAAACAAAACAAAAAACCCGAAAGAUGCAAACUUAACAACAACAACCACAAAAAAUGAGGAA